UCCCUGGUCCAGUCCAGGAAAGCGGGAAUCACGUCCGCGCUGGCCUCGAGCACCUUGAACAACGAGGAGCUGAAAAACCAUGUUUACAAGAAGACCCUGCAAGCCUUAGUGUACCCCAUCUCCUGCACGACGCCCCACAACUUUGAGGUAUGGACGGCCACCACCCCCACCUACUGCUACGAGUGCGAGGGGCUGCUCUGGGGCAUCGCCCGGCAGGGCAUGCGCUGUGCCGAAUGUGGCGUCAAGUGUCACGAGAAGUGCCAGGACCUGCUCAAUGCCGACUGCCUGCAAAGGGCGGCGGAGAAGAGCUCCAAGCACGGAGCAGAGGACCGGACCCAGAAUAUCAUCAUGGUGCUCAAGGACCGCAUGAAGAUCCGGGAACGCAACAAGCCGGAGAUAUUUGAGCUGAUCCAAGAGGUGUUUGGGGUCACCAAGACCACGCACACCCAGCAGAUGAAGGCAGUGAAGCAAAGCGUCCUGGACGGCACCUCCAAAUGGUCGGCCAAAAUCAGCAUCACCGUCGUCUGUGCCCAGGGGCUGCAAGCCAAGGACAAGACGGGUUCCAGUGACCCGUAUGUCACCGUCCAGGUUGGAAAGACAAAAAAAAGGACUAAAACUAUCUACGGCAAUCUCAACCCGGUCUGGGAGGAGAAUUUCCAUUUACAAGCGGACGGACAAGUCGAGUCAGGAGCCAUCCGGCUGCACAUCAGCGUGGAGAUCAAAGGCGAGGAGAAGGUGGCUCCGUACCACGUUCAGUACACCUGCCUGCACGAGAACCUGUUUCACUUUGUGACGGAUUUGCAAAACAACGGGGUGGUGAAGAUCCCCGACGCCAAGGGGGACGAUGCCUGGAAGGUGUACUUUGACGAGACGGCGCAGGAGAUCGUGGAUGAGUUUGCCAUGCGUUACGGGGUCGAGUCCAUCUACCAGGCCAUGACACAUUUCGCCUGCCUUUCCUCCAAAUACAUGUGCCCGGGGGUGCCGGCGGUGAUGAGUACCCUGCUAGCCAACAUCAACGCCUACUAUGCCCACACCCCGGCUUCCACCAAUGUCUCGGCCUCCGACCGCUUUGCCGCUUCCAAUUUCGGG